CAGCUGAAAUAGUAUCCGCACAUUCGUCACCACUCGUCCCUUUCCGUAACCUGCAAGAAGCUCUUCGGCUUGUCCCGGAAUAACACGAGUUGGUCACGAACGAAUAUCCCAAACCGGUGUGUUGUCACUUGGCAUUCCUCGGCUCUUUCCGAAAUCCCGUGACUUGGAAAUACAAGAGCGUUUACGGACUCUAUUCAUAUCCGAGUUCACUUGGCUGUCAUCUCGGGUGCGACUCGUCUCUUCAUAUUUGAGGUCAACUGGAAGUGGGCUUUCAACAUUCCUUUUGCCAGGUAGACGGAAUACAGAGAAUUAAUUGGUGGAGUGAUAGAACAGUUUGAGGAAUAAUCCCAGGUCCGCUAUGUCAGUCACCCGUCAACCAGGCCUGGCAAACCAAAAUCAGGAAGUGACAUGGAUGCCUGCGGUGGGUCACAUCCAGGACUGCCCCCCAGGCCUGGAAUACCUGUCCCAGCUGGACCAGAUCCUCAUUGAACAGCAGGUCAACCUCAUAGAGGUGUUGCUGUCGUGGGAAUGUAACAACAAGUACCGCGUGAUGAACUCAAUGAGCCAGCAGUGCUACUACGCAGCAGAGAAGAGCGGAACGUUCAUGAGACAGUGCUGUGGCUCCGAUCGCGCGUUCACAAUUCACAUCGUAGACAAUAUUGGCCAGGAGGUUUUGCGCAUGCGCCGUGACUUCAAGUGUUGUGGCGGAUGUUGCUGGUGCGCAGAUGCCGACUGCGCAGCUCAUGAAGUGAUAGUGGAAACAGCGAAAGGGGAGCCUCUUGGUUACGUCAGGCAGUUACCGUCCAAGUGGAAGGGCCACUAUGGUAUCCUCGACAGCAGAAGAAACCAGCUGAUGGAGAUCUGGGGGCCAUGUUGUGGUUGUCAGGGGUUGUGCUGUACCGAUGAUGUCGAGUUUCCGGUUCAAUCCAUGAAGGAUGGUGCGGUUGUGUCAAAAAUUAGCAAGCAGUGGGGUGGAGCUGUAAGGGAAAUAUUCACCGAUGCAGAGAAAUUCUCGGUCACAUUUCCCCAAGACCUUGAUGUGAAGGUCAAGGCAACGCUGAUGGGCGCGGUAUUCCUCAUCCACUUCAUGUAUUAUGAAGAAGAGGAGUCAUCGAACUAAACCGAUGACACCCUCAUACAAGACAUCAAUCAACAGUCAAAGCAUAUCAAAGAUGUUUCUACUUGUAUCCUAGCUAACUGCAUCUACAUGUUUGACAGGGCACACGAUUUUAUUUGAAUCUUUGUACCCUGACUGUAUAUACGUGUAUAUCAUUAUGAACGAAAACCUAUUCUUGUACUAUCUCGUAUCGUUUAGUGUGUGUGUGGCCAUUUGUCACCACUCGUACCUUUUCGUAAGUAAUCUGCAAGACAAUCGUCC